UUUUCAGGUCAGGUCUAGCAAAAAAACCACACUGCCAUACUGCUUAUGCCUUAUUUCAGCAAUGAGUGUUCUCCCUUUGAUGGUCGGGGUAGAGUUAUUAGGUCCUUUGUGCGUCUCCUGUAUGCACACAAUAUCAUACUCCUGUGAUAUUGCUUCCAGGAUAGACAGGAUCAAUAAGCAGUAGCAAACAUUCCUUUUUUUUUUUUUUUAGAGAUACAUGUUUUAGUUUGUAUUGCUGGUCUUUUAGAUGAUCUUUAUACAUGCAUAACAUCUGUGAAUAGUAAAUAUCUAUGUUACCUGUAAAUAGUGAAAUAGCACAAGUAUGUAGCUAAGUAGCACAAUAGUGCAAUUUUGCAUAAUUGUGCUAUUAGAUUAAUCAGAAAAUCUUGCUGAAAUCUGUAUUGACUCCUGUUUUAUAUCUAAAGACCAACAGAUGUGUACUCAUCAGCUCAUGCAAUGAAUAGAAGACAUCUAUUAUUAGGCAAAUCAGCAUAUAUAACUGAUCCUCUAAGUGAGAUGACUGUCCAUCCUUUUGUAGAAGUUUCUUUCCAGCAUGCAGUUUAUCAGACUAGUACUGCUGAUGGUUCUCAUCCAUGUUGGAAUGAAGAACUUCAGAUGGAUUUUAUAUCUCCAGGACAUGACUACAGCUUUUCAGGCCUGUCUAAAAUUAAAGACAAUAUAUGUGUCAACAUUUUUGAUGAAGUUAUUUUGGAAAAACAUGAGGAUACCUGUCCUAAGGGUUGCAGUGGUCACUUUUACAUAAGAAAAAAUUGGCUAGGAUCAGUUAGUUUUCCUUUCUCUGCUCUUCUGGAACAAUCAAAGAUCUGUGGGACGUUUCAAGUAAAUAUGCCACCAGUUUUGCUUGGUUACACUUGGAGUAAGACACAUGUAUCUCCUAAAGAAGAGAGUUGUGGACAGAACUUAAAAGAAUACACCUUUUUAACCAUCUUUGCUACAAUUGAACCUCAGUUAUCAUCUGUUGAAAAAGAUUCAGAAUCUGAUAAGUUUUUAGAUCAUGAAGAUGAAACACUUCUGCAAAGAGCAUAUAUUUUUAAAAAAAGUUGCAAGGCAAAAUUUCCAAAGAGAAGAAUAAUAACUUCUGUUUUUGACAGCGAAGGAAGAAAUGUUUUAGUAACAAAAUAUAUCAAGUCAUUAAAUCCACCACAACUGUUACUGGAUAUGUAUCCUGAUGAUCCUAAUGCAACUUUUGACCUUAUUUCUCGAUUUGUAUCUUUAAUUCCUUGUAUAUCAGAUACUGUUGAUGGAAAUGAUGAUGUUGAUAUUUGGGUGACCUCUGAGCACUGCAUCAGUUUAGCUGCUGGAAAUAAAGAAGAACAUGCAGUACUUCUGUGUAACUACUUCAUGUAUUUUGACAAAAAAGCAUGGGUACUGUUGGGAACAUCUGUGUUAGAAGGAAAAGUGGCAUAUGUCUUGACUCUGGAAAAUGGAGAAUAUUUCCUUUGGAAUCCCCUGAAUGGACAGUGUUACAAACCAUUUGAUGCAUUUUGUCCCUUACAGAGCAUUGACUGCUUAAUUGAUUGGGAAAAUGUCUGGUUCAACAUGCAGAGAAACAGUUCACCAAUGUAUGUAAACUUUGACAUUUCAAAGGAAGGGUUUUGGAAACAGUUGCUGCCAUACAAUUAUCAACACAAAAUAACACCAACUGUACAGCCAAAAGAAAUACUUUACACCCCUACUAGCAAAAGCAUGGUGGAAGAACUCCAGAACAGGAUUGAAAAGACCUUAAAAAAUAAAAUAAUGGAGUGGCGAUUUCAACAACCAACUAGGUGGCAUCGGCAAUGCACUGCUCUCCUAAGGCAAAUGCUUCCUAAGUUAGAACUUAGACAUAGGACCACUGUUACAGACAAAGAAGAAAAUGAAUUGGAAAGUUUACUGGAACGUUAUUGGGUCACAGGGUAUCCUAUCCAGAUGCCUUAUAUAAAUUUGCAAUCAAUAAAUGAAGCCGUGCAUCAAACUGGCAUUCAUUCUUCAGAAAUCCCCAACACGGAGUUUUCUCUUGCUGUAUACCUUCACCCAUAUCCAAACAACAUUUUAUCUGUGUGGAUCUACUUAGUUUCUUUGGUCUGUCACUAGUAAAUAGUGUUUAAAUCUAAGCAACCAUGUGGUGGCUGUCCUGGGAAAAAUGAUCAUUUAUGAAUGCAGGUUGGGCAAUAAAGUUUAGUCUGGAUACAGAUAUUUGGGGAGGUUAGUUCAAGUUAAAAAUGGCCACCUGAUCUAAGUUGGGAUGGUGGGACUAGUAGAGGGGCUGGGUAAAUCAAGGAUGCAAGCAACCUGUAGCAGCUGGUGCAGUGAGGGGGGCAAGUGGAAUGC